UUUACAUCAAGAUCAAGAUCUUGUAAACAAGACUUUUCUUAACAGAACGUUGGAAAGGUAAUCUCUAGAAACAGGCUAAUCCGAUCCACUGCUGUUGUAGAGUAGUACAUCUGCGUGUGGUAUUUCUCCAGUUGGAGUAACUUCCCUGCCUAACAUCACCGGGGACCGCCACUGUUUUAGCGACCUCAUGCCCAAGGUUCGGCGCAGCAGGAAGCCUCCUCCUGAAGGGUGGGAGCUGAUCGAGCCCACCCUGGAGGAGCUGGACCAAAAGAUGCGCGAAGCGGAGACAGAAUCCCAUGAGGGGAAGAGGAAAGUGGAGUCCCUGUGGCCAAUAUUUCGCAUCCACCACCAGCGGUCCCGAUACAUCUAUGACCUCUUCUAUCGUCGUAAAGCCAUCUCCAGAGAAUUGUAUGAAUAUUGUUUGAAAGAAAAAAUUGCAGAUCAAAACCUUAUUGCUAAGUGGAGGAAACAAGGAUAUGAGAACCUGUGCUGCCUGCGAUGUAUACAGUCAAGGGACACAAACUUUGGCACCAAUUGUGUUUGCAGGGUUCCCAAGAGCAAACUAGAGGAGGGCAAGAUUGUAGAAUGUGUGCACUGUGGAUGUCGUGGGUGCUCAGGGUAAACGCAUGGGUUCUCAGAUGUUUAGUUACUCACUUAGUUAAUAAUGUAAUACAUUUCUUUGUAAGAGAAUUUUCAGUUAUUUCUGUGUACAUCUUUCAUUAUAUGCAAGAUAUAUGACCAGAAAUAUAGGAAUAUUAAAAAUACUACACUAUUUUUCAUUUAUAUACAGUUUGAUUUAGCAACAAAAAUAUUAAACAAUAAAUUAGGCAACAUGAUAUAACAGAUAGUUAUAAUGAAAAUAUACAGCUCCUGGUAGCACCUGGCCAGGCAUUGUGGCUAAUAGGUGGAGGUGCUGGGUCUGCUAGUAAGUUGCAGGUGUAUUAACAAAGGUAUUUUAAGAUUACAUAUUUCAAGUGAACAUGUUUAAAUUUAGCAUAUGUAUGAUGUACUCGUAAUUUGAAAUAGCUUUAUUUAGAGUAUCUUUGAAUGUAACAAUGCUCACCAGAUAAUUGUCUAUGCAGUCAAUAAACAUUUGCUAUAAAGUAUGAAUUUAUAUUACAUCAACAGUGUAUUCUGUAAGUUUAUAAUCUUAGAAUAAUAAAACACUCUGAAGA